ACUUUGCAGCGAUAGAUUUGACAUAGGUAGAACAGAUGUAAUUAAUGAAUCGUUAAAAUUACACCAACUAUACAAUAAAAGUCAAGCAGCCUAUUACUAAUCUACUAGCCUGUAAUAAAAAAAGUAACAAGCAUUUUUCUCUAAGUGAGUACUUUCACCUGUGAUUGAUUGAUUUUGCUGAUAAUACUUAAAUACUCCACCACAGCUCAUAAAUUGCAGCUAACUUUCAAAUGAAAGUUUGUUUUUUCUUGUUCAGGAAAGACUAACAUACAGUAAUUUACAGUGUAAUUCACCCAUGAAAUGAUUGCAAUCGGUCAAUAAAUCUUUUUGCUCAGUAACAAUAAAAGCUAAUGGUUUUUUAAGUGUAACGCAACACUGAGCAGUCACUUUCAGCAACUGUAACAGGUGUGCGCAUUUAACCUAAUUAGCUGUGGACAUCAGUCAGCCAAUCAGGACAGAGGAAGCUUCAGUACAAUUAAACAGCUUAUGUUAUAUCUCCUGAAAAUCAGUUACACACUUAUACAAGACACAGCAGAUGAAACACUCAACUCCAAUGAUUUCCUGAUGAUAAAUCAAGGAUUAACCUAGUACUUCAGCUGAUGCUGAUUGGAAUGACGUUCAACACUCGCACAGGCUGGCUUUUAACAAGAAGGAGAGACUGGACGCUGGGUGUGUGUGAGCAGAUGAGACAGAAGGAAAGAGGGCACAGUGAUUACUAUUUAUUUAAUGACAACAUGACGGAAAAUGUGUGUCUGAACCUGGGCCACCCUCUUUUAUAUCUCUUUCAGUUCUCUCCGUCUCUUCUCUCUCAAACACAAACACACAAUAAAGGCUAAGUAGACCGACUGUAUUACUGCACCUGGCAGGGUGCCUUGUGGCCCAGUAAGUUGCAGGUGGCUGUAAAUGGGUUAGUUACACCAGGACACAGACAGGCUGAGACUUAAAUAAUCUCUCUUACACACACUUGUUAAUGUUUCACCUUGUUGAUCUUCCACAUUAUGUGACUUGUUUCCGUGUUCUGCUCUUAUUCCUGUUUGGCCCUCUUAUAAAUAUGCAUCAAGGAGUCUUGGAUUAGAGGCAAGGAUCCUUUGCUAAAGCUCAGAGUGUGUGUGUGUGUGUUUGGGUGACAGCAUGUGUGUGAGUGUGUGCAUGCAUGCUCGAGUAUGAGUGUUUGUGUCUUAAGCCAGGCAGAGCAGAAUACGGCCCUCUGUAAACCCAGGCAUGUGUGAUUUGUGUGAUUGGGUUUAGACUACACUGAUAGGCGAUGUCUUGGACACUGGACGACCAGACGCUCCAUGGACAAUGCAGGCUGUCUUGCUAAAAAUAUCAAGCCGGGGUCCAAGUUGGCAUGAUGUCGAGUGAGCACGGGAAACUAUAGGCCACACUUGUGGAGCACAGGAGAAGACAUAUGGAACAAAACAAGGAUUUCAUAAAUUAUUUUCUCAGAGCGUCUCAAACAGUUUGUGGAGAAGAUCCAAAAUUCAUGUAACUCUUCUGGUGGCCACAUCCUGUUCCAACAUAUCUGUCUUCCCCAUAUACCCUCCUCUGUGUGUCCUAGCAGUCUGCUCUUAUUCCUUCUUGCUGAACAGACUCAUUUCAGUCCUCUUCCACAUACACACACCUCCCCUCAUUCUGGCCCCAUUCUCAUUUUUUAGCUCUGGCCUCCUGUUCCCCAUCUCCUUACCUGUCCAAGAAGGACAGUUUUUUGUUUUUUUUUUGCCAGAUUUGUCCCGACACCGUCACUGCACUAUUCCCUCGCUCUCCUAACUCUUCUGUUCCCCUCAUGGGCACCAUAUCAGACAGCAAUAGUGCCACAUUCCCUUCAACAUCACUGAGAACCUCUCUCCACCCCUAACCACCUCGCCAACACCAACAUCCACACGACCCAAUGGAGACAAAAGAUAUGAUGAUGACGACCAUGUUGACAAUGGACAAAGGGGAGAACGAGGGAGAGAGGGACAAAGCGAGAGAGGAGGUGGGGGGAGAUGAGGAGGAGACACAGCAAGAAAAUGGUAGACUGAUGCUGUCUGACGGUCUGGCAGAGAGAGGACCCAAGAGUCUGACCUCCAGCUCUGGACAGCAGGUGUCCAAUGGCUUCACUACAUCCACCCCUCAGAGCCCCAGGGAGGGACCAGGGACUGCAGCUAGCUCUGGGGGUACAGCCUCUGGACAAGGAGGUGGCACUGGGUCCUCUGUGCCACUGGGAGGCCUCAGGACUCUGGUGGUCCAACAAACCAGCUUGGAGAGGCCCAGAGAAACCUGGAGCAAGAAGAUGGACUUCUUGCUCUCUGUGAUCGGCUAUGCCGUGGACCUGGGAAAUGUCUGGCGUUUCCCCUACAUCUGCUACCAAAACGGAGGAGGUGCCUUUUUGCUGCCCUACCUGUUGAUGGCGGUGUUUGGAGGUGUGCCUCUCUUCUACAUGGAGCUGGCUCUCGGCCAGUUCCACCGCAGCGGCUGCAUCUCCAUCUGGAAACACAUCUGUCCCAUCUUCAAAGGCAUAGGCUUUGCCAUCUGCAUCAUAGCCCUCUACGUCGCCUUCUACUACAACACCAUCAUGGCCUGGGCCUUGUACUACCUAUUAUCGUCGUUCCAGUCCACCCUGCCCUGGACUACCUGCAACAACUACUGGAACACAGCCAACUGCAACCGCUACAUGUCCACCGACCACAAUGUGUCAUGGACCAACUCCUCUACCUCCCCCGCCGAGGAGUUCUAUACUCGGCAGGUGUUGCAGGUCCACCUCUCCCCGGGUCUGCAUCAGCUGGGCUCUGUCAGCUGGCAGUUAGCCCUCUGCCUGCUCUUCAUCUUCACCAUCGUCUACUUCAGCAUCUGGAAGGGAGUCAAGACGUCUGGAAAGGUAGUUUGGGUGACUGCUACCUUUCCCUAUCUGGUCCUCCUGGUGUUGCUCAUUCGUGGGGCCACUCUGCCAGGGGCCUGGAGGGGCGUGGUCUUCUAUCUCAAACCUGAUUGGGAGAAACUUCUCAGCACUACAGUGUGGAUUGAUGCAGCAGCUCAGAUCUUCUUCUCUCUUGGUCCCGGGUUUGGCGUGCUCCUUGCCUUUGCCAGCUACAACCCGUUUCACAACAACUGCUACAAAGACGCUUUGGUCACCAGCUCUGUGAACUGCCUGACUAGCUUUCUGUCUGGCUUUGUCAUCUUUACCGUGCUGGGUUACAUGGCUGAGAUGAGGCAGCAGGAUGUGGAUGCUGUGGCAAAGGAUGCUGGUCCCAGUCUGUUGUUCAUCAUUUAUGCAGAAGCCAUAGCAAACAUGCCUGCUGCCACCUUCUUUGCCAUCAUCUUCUUCCUCAUGAUCAUCAUGUUGGGUCUGGAUAGCACGUUUGCAGGGUUGGAGGGGGUGAUCACAGCUAUGCUAGAUGAGUUCCCUCAUAUCCUGGCUAAGAGACGAGAAUGGUUUGUCUUCGGCCUUGUGUGUGUCUGCUACCUCGGCGCUCUCUCCACACUCACAUAUGGAGGAUCAUUUGUGGUGAAGCUGUUUGAAGAGUACGCCACAGGCCCUGCAGUCAUCACUGUGGUCCUGCUCGAAGUCAUCGCCGUUUCCUGGUUUUACGGUACCAACCGUUUCUGUAAUGACGUCCAGCUCAUGCUUGGUUUCUACCCGGGUGGUUUCUGGAGGGUCUGCUGGGUGGCCAUCUGCCCCUGCUUUCUGCUGUUCAUCAUCAUCAGUUUCCUGGCCUUCCCUCCAGAGGUCAAAUUGUUCCACUACCAAUACCCGCCAUGGACCACCGUCCUGGGCUACUGCAUCGGGGUGUCUUCAUUCAUCUGCGUGCCUGCUUAUAUGGUCUACCACUUGCUUAAUGCCAAAGGCACAUUCAAACAGCGUCUGCUAAAGAGCAUCACUCCAGAGCCCAGCAGUAACCAACACAGAGACUUCAUUGUCACCAACGCAGUUUGACCAAAUCCUGACCAACGAAGGUGCCACUCUAGCUACCUAGAGCGCCCUCUUCUGGUCACACUGCAAAACUACAGGACAAGGGGGCUACCUUUCACCGUCUUUGCCUCUUUUCAUACAUCUCCUACACUUGUUCAUCUUUCUCUCACCAAAAUCUAGAAAUAGAGGUGGAGUUAGGUGGAGCCAGGCCGCAGUAGUUUAGUUUAGCUUGGUUUUAGUUCCAGAUGUUGCUUCAGUUUUGCAGCAGUUUUCUGCUGCAAAACCCAGAAUGUAGUUUCAGUAUCCACAUCUUCUUUCUUUUUUUUCCACUAAAAAGUGGCACCUAAGUUAUUUAGUGACCACCCCUUUCUUCAGGUUAUACAGUCGUACAAAUAUUUUAUACAAUUAUAUAAAGUAUGAUACAAUCAGUGUUCAUGUAGACAAUAUAAUAUGCUUUCAAACUGGAUAUACUGCACAUUGUAAUGAUUUCAGUUGGGGAAAGCCCAGAUAGUUACCUUUCAAUCCACACAUAAUUGUUAUGGUUGUAUUUUCAUAUUAUGCUGUUAAGUUAUGCAUUCUUGAUAUGUAGCAAAAUUCAGGUAUCUUUUUACAUCUGUUACUGAAGCCAAAUAUAUGAUAUCUGUUCUGUUUAUAUUUCUAAAGAUGUUUCAAUAUCGUAGUUGUGUUAUGCUAGGUGUUGACUGACAGCCUGUGUUUAUUUGUUGGCAUCUUGGAUGGAGGACGGAUUUGCAAUGAGUUCCCUUACACUGUGAAGCAUUGUCUGGUAGUGACAUGUAUGUAUGCAUGUAUGUAUGUGUGUGUGUGUGUGUGUGUGUGCGUGUGUGUAAAACAAAGACUGUUAUAAUGUCCAGUAAAAAAAAAAUGGAUCACUGACAGAACCAACCAUGUUUGUUCAUUCUAUAACUGCAAUAUAAGAUGUGUAUUUAUUUCAUAAUGUAUCAUUGCUGUCAUUUUCCACACUACGAUAUGACGUAUUAUUAUGUUGCAUAGUGUUGAUGGUCUUUGUUUAAUCACAAUGACAUUCUGUCCUCUGCGGUCAUGUUGCAUAACUAUCAGUAAUAGAAACCAAAUAUGGAUCAGAGCUAAUAACAUUUCCAAUGUCAUAGUCUGAAAGUCAACGUUACUGCUCUUUACUUUCUACCAAAAAUUAGUGUGUUUGUGUGUGUGUAUGCACAUGUGCCUGUGUGUGUGUGUGUAUGUGAGGGAGAGAGUGUAUGUAUCUGUGUGUAUGUAGGAGCAGGAGUUAAAAUAUGGCGAGUACAUGUGUAUUUACUAGUCAGUCUGGUAUUGGUGUAAUCUAUCCUGUGAAUACCUGUCUCCUCCUCUCAUGGGUGUGUGAAUGUGUGUGUGUUUAGUACUUGUGUGUCAGUGUGUGUGCGCACCUCGGUUAGUAUGUUGGUGCACGCACAGUACGAGUGUCAGUAUGGGUAGUUGAUCAAAAAGGUUUAGAGGUAUUCAGCCCCUUUAUGUGUGCAUGCCGUGAUGUGUGUGUAUACUGUACUUCAAAUGCGUGUGUGUGCGUGUGUGUGUGUGUGUGUGUGUGUCUGUGAUGUGAUCUCCUGUUGUCUUGUUAACUGCCAAAAUAUCCUAUGAAGGAAGUAAACUCCCUCUUGCCUCUCUCUCUCUCUCUCUCGUACCUCUCAAGCUUAUGUAAAAUCUAUGUAUGUCAAUAAAAGACUGUAUUGAGAAAUACACCUGUAUAGAUUAAAGAUAUAUAAAUAUAUGGGAAAUAACAGAUAAUAAAGAU